GGUUCGUGAAACGUAACAUUGAACAACGCGAUUCGUAAAUGGCGGUGCUGGCAGAAUGAUCGAGCGUGUGCCGCGUAGUAACGCGUACGGGUCCUUUGCAGGCCCCGUGGCCCACGACCCAGCCUGACGGCAACGGAAUCGCGACAUACAAAAGUGAAAAAACGUGGGCUGACACAGUGACCGUAAAAGAGUGUAUAAAAGCCGCGAGGUGUGAUCUUUAUUUCCUCUGCGCUCCAAGUGUGUAGUGUAGUACACGGUUCUCAUCCAGAGAAGGGAUGCAGGCCGAAUUGAUGUAUCGAAAGGCAACGGUGAUGACGACGUCUCAGGGCGCCGCCACCCCCCAAGGCGUCCAUCGUGGGAAACGGGACAAUCCCAACUCCAGGGAAACUAUACACUCUGGACACUUUAUGGUAUCGGACUUCGAAGCUGAGGCACAGGACGACGAGGAUGAGUUGGCUGUACCUGUACCGGAAGAAGAGGCUGCAAGGUUGGCGAUUAUUGCACCGGCUGGAUUCUCCUUGGAGAAAUUCGUCGCUAGUUCUUCCGUUGACAGAAACUCGCAACAACUCAGCAUUGAAACUUCGCUCAACAAACUCUUCCAGUGCAUGUCCUUAGCCUACAGACAGAAGUUGACAUCGCCCAAAUGGAAUCGCUUCAAGGGAAUCAGAUUGAGAUGGAAAGACAAGAUCAGAUUGAACAAUGUGAUAUGGCGAUGCUGGCACAUGCAAUUUAUACUUAAGCAAAAUACCCUGGUCUGCCAAUUCGCCUCACCUUUGGAUGUGGACACUCAUAAUAAGCCUGAGGCGGUUGUCCUGGAGGGUAAAUACUGGAAGCGAAAAUUAGCUGCUGUCACAGCUGAAUACAAGAAAUGGCGAAUGUUUUAUCGAAACAAGAUUCUUGGAUGGACAACCAAAGAUGGUACAGAUAUGCUGGAAUCUAUGGAUAUGCUCGAUUGGGGCAGUGGGAUGGGAAAUGCAGGAGCAUUUGGAAUUGGUGCGGGAAAUUCUUACUGUGGACUCAGUGGGAUGCCUGGUGGAGAAAAUGUUCACAGUAUGAUGGUUGAUGAAGAUUAUAUGGAAUUGAUGACCGAUACACUGUUCUCAACUAUAAGCUCGAAUCAGCCCAUAUAUUUCCCUGAUUCGAGAGAAAUUGCAAGGGGCGCGAGUCUAGCUGAUUUCAUUCAGCCCAGUUUAGGACCUCUUCAACCUAAUUUGGAUGACUUCAUGGACACUUUGGAGCCCCUUCAAGAAUUUCUCAACUCGAGGCUACCACCCGUGCCGGAAGAGGAGGAUAUGUUUCGCAGUGAAACAUUGAAUAGCAAUUAUCCUGAACUGGACCUGAUGACACCGAUGAGCCAAGUGAAUCAGGUGAACCAAAUAAAUCAAGCCGGUCAGAUGAAUGAAGUAUCUACAGUCGCAAAUAAGCAAUCGGCCCAACAACAACAACAGCAGCAAGAUAGUACUCUACAGAAUCUCCAGUAUACGGCAAAAAUAUACACUCAGCCGCAACCAGAACCUACGCAAGUAUAUCGAAAUAAUGUGAUGGCUGACAACUACACCACCACGGUUCAACCAAGCUUUGGAACUUCUGCAACUGGACAAAGUGUGCGCGGAAAAGGCCGCCAAAGUAGAUCCACAACAAGAACAAAUCGUGUGAUACAACAACCUCAACAACAGCAACAGAUGGCCUAUCAACAAUCCCAACAACACCAAACUAUGGUAUACCAACAGGCACAACAGCAGCAACAUCAAUCAUCACCGUCAUCCUACACCAUGGAGAUACAAAACGUGCAAUUGACUCCCGGCCAGUCAAAUCAAGUACAGAUAAAUGCUCUGAGUAGCCACCGUGUUGGCGCCAGUCAAAUAUCUUCAAUCACAAAUAAUGUCCAAAGUCUGGCCACGCCGUCACAGAAUUACGCACAAUCGAAUUCACCGCCACAAUCUCAACAAAGACCCAUAAGGCCCUUGCCAACAAAUACCCCUAUGUCUAAGCCGUACAAGGCUGUUCAGCCUCAGCAGGGCUACAAAUUUCCUACUCCCACUCAGAGUUACAACUCUCAGCAGUGCAAAUUCAGUACCAAUAACUUGAAGACUUUGCCGGCUCAACCAGUGGUGUCAGUCUCGCCGCAUCAACCAACCCAAUCGCAUAUCUUGUUUCAAUGUAGACCUACAGUGCUGGAUCCCACUGCACCUGCACUACACCCUACGAAACUUCUUCCACGGCCUACAACGAAUUCCGACAAGGAGGAAGUCUUUGCAGUGCCCAAGUAUCAGAUGAAGGCAAGAAAUCGAUCACGAAGUAGUUCAUCGCUGGCGGCACCGAGAAUGCAUCCUCCACCCUUGGUAUCAGCUAUGAGUGAUCCGGCCUUGAACCUUAACAACAAUGUUUUACUCGCUCAUCUACUUACGAACAACACGUCCGGUCUGUACACGGUGAGCAGUGGCCCUGAGAAAGUACUGCCUGCUGUCAGUCAACCGAGUGGUGUCAAGCACAUUCUGCCAAUGCUGCCAUCUACGUCAUCGUCCAGCCAAUCUACUAGUAUCACCCACCAUAUUACUGCUCCGGUCGCGGUGCAGCCUAUGCAAGCUACAUCGUCUAUGCAAACGCAACAACAGUAUCCAUUUGAUAAACAGACAAUACCACAAGCUACCGGUGGACAACCUGCUUUGCUCAACGCGAACAACCAAAGUCACCUGCCUCAGGGUAGUCCUGGCUCACCGAAAGAGAAUUCCAAUGCGCACAGUCCCCAAGCACUUAACCUUAGUCCCCUGCACAGCCCCAUGAGUAUAGGUAGUCCCUUGUCUCCAUCAAGAGGAUAUGUCAAGGGCGAACCAGAGAGAGGACAGUAUAAGGAACAAAGAAGAGUUGGGCAUAUACAUGCGGAACAAAAACGCAGAUAUAAUAUUAAAAAUGGUUUUGAUAUGCUGCAUAGCCUUAUCCCGCAACUUAAUCAGAAUCCAAACACAAAGCUAAGUAAAGCUGCGAUGCUGCAAAAGGGGGCAGAUUAUAUCAGGCAGCUCAGAGCUGAGAGGAAUCAAUUAAAGGAGGAGAUGGACAGUCUGAGACAUCAAAUUGAGUGCCUUAAUACUUCUAUUAGCAACUGCCAAUCUAUGCUACCAGCUACAGGUGCUCCUGUUUCUAGACACAGAACGAGCAAGAUGAAGGAGAUGUUCGACGAAUACGUACGCAAUCGUACUCGAGAAAAUUGGAAGUUCUGGAUUUUCAGCAUACUUCUUGAGCCUUUGAUGAUGUCAUUUAAUGCAUCAGUCUCUACUGCAAGCAUAGAGGAUUUAUACAGGAGUACGGUACUAUGGGUAGAGCAACAUUGUUCACUUGUUGAUCUCAGGCCAGUUGUCCUCAACUCUCUAAAGUAUCUGUGCACCGCAACUGACAUUCUGUCAGAUCCGGGUCGUCUACCGGAAGAGGCCCUUGCUGCUGUUAAUCAAACAGAACGACGGCGAUCCACGCAGUGAUCAAUCAUCCGUGACUUUGUGGAUGUGACAGAUUGACAAUCUACAAUAUUGAAGGUGCGAAAAGAAGAAGGGAGCACAUUCGAUGGCGAAGGACAGUUACCGUAGAAAUAAGUUUACGCCAGGAAACGUUAUAGUUGUAUAAACAAUUGUUGAAACCUUUCCUUUCAUGUUCUCUUUUCUUUUCUCUAUCUUUAUCUUUCUUUAUAAUAGUUUAUCGGGUUUUGCUUUUGCAACGGCACAACUUAACGAGCGGACUGGUAUACAAAGUGCAAUUUUAUUAUGCUCUGUUUAACAUCAGUGCAAGUAAUUUUAUCUUGUCGGAAAAAAUAUAAAUAUGAACUCUCAUAAUCUCAAAAUUUGGAAAUAUAUUUUGAGAUACAUUUGGUUCGAAUUUGUAAUAUCGGCUUGCCUGUUAAAUAUAUUGUAUAUGCAUCUUCAAUGCAACCUUGAAUCAUUCUCGCUUUUAGUACGCAUACGUGUCGCGAAUAAAAGAAAGAUUCUUUUAAUUAAUUGUUUCUCAUUUUGGUAUGGACUUCAUCAGUACAAAAGCUUUUUGAUUGUUAUUGGCUCAGGCUAGACAAAAGUGAAAUAUCACUAGACACCGCGCAUCCAGUUAGGAAAACUUAUUUAUAAGUAUUUUUUUUAGUAUUUCGAAAACAAUUGCACUGUUUUUAUUUCCGUAAUCCACUGCAAACGCAAGCGAUGAGAAGUUUCUCCUAUUUUGAAAAAAUUUAAUUACUUUUUAAAGAAAUUCAUCUCAUCGAUACCAAAAAUAUUGUAAAUUAAUGGCGUCUGAUGAUAUUUAGUAAAAUCACUUGUCGCGCGAUCUGUAACCAUUAAGAAGAACAGCCUUCAAAAUAGCAAUCACUCGAAGAAUUUGUAAAGAUUAAUUGUAUUACUAUUAUUUUUUUUUUUAGUACCUUUAAGGAUGUAUAUUAAAAUAUGUACGGUGAUAACCAUUUAUUGUUCCAAGCCAAGGAGAAUCAGAAUUUACAAAAUUUAUUUUUAAGAAAUUUCUUAAAAUCUCAUACGUGUUUUGGCUUUCAAUGCUUAAGUGUAUACUUAUCGCGUACGUCCAAUUUUAAUGCCCAUUUUUCGGCCGACAACUUGCCUAUUUGUCUCGUAUCGAUCACACAUUGAACAACAAAAAAGAAAACUCGAAAAUUGCAUAGUAGACAAAUCAUCGCAUACCCUCUUGACAAAUAACUAUCAUCACUGAGAUAAAUCCUUGUUAACAGUAAGACACGUAUUUAUAUAAGAUGAUUACAGAACCAAUGUACAGAUUAUAAAUGGAAUAUCUCGGAGGUGCGACGAAGGACAUAGAGAGACAAAUAUUUUUCUAAAGUUUGCUUAAAUUUGAUAAUCGGUCUCCUUACUUUCGCUCGCAUUCUGGGAUACAUUCCGAAAAAAAGGAAACUUUCGUUUAUACUGUAAAGCCCUACUGUGAUGAGAUUCAUAACGGAACGAUGCCAAAUAGAUUUUUCUUUGUUUUGUAAUAUAUUGUUCCAAUGUUAGAUUGCAAAAACAAAGAAAGGCGGACUGGAAUUAGGGAAGAUAUUAUCCAAAUGACGCGCGAUACGUAGAUUACAGAGAAUUGUACUUUUCACGAGGGUAAAAUGAUUCAUUAUUUGAUGUUGAGUACGGUCGAUGACUAGAGUCAGUUGAUAAAGAGGAUACGAAGAAAAUAAAUAUAUGUAAUAAAAGGCCAGAGACGAACUAAUGAAUUGUGCCAUAGCUUGGUGUUUUUUGAAAAUUGAUAUAGUGAAACAAAACGGGACUUCAGUAUGGCUGAAUGACAGGAAAUACGUAGGAGAGCUAUUUUAAAGAAAAAAAUGUUACUUACAUUGUUAUAUACGAGAUGAUACACCCUUAGCGGAUACGAUAAUGCAAAAGGAGAGAUUUUUAUAGAUUGCGAAUUAUAUUCUCGUAACGUAUCUUAGAUAAUUAACGAUACAACAUAUUAUCAACGAAUUACGUUAUCUCUGUACUAUAUCUGAUCUUAGGUUUAUUACUAACAAUUGUAAAGGUCCUACGCGAUCUGAAAAAAAAAAAAUGAAAUCUUGAAAUAUGUGCCUACGCAGCAAUUUCAUUAUCGAUAUUGAUGAUUCUUACAUGAGAAAUUGGUUUGUGUAUGUACACGUAAGGACCAAUCUUUUUUCUCCUUUUAAAAAGUAAAGGGAGUGUUGCUCAUAAAUCAAUUAUACAUAUGUUAAAUCGAUAAUGUUAUGCAAUACGAGGUUUUUAUUAUGAAAUUUCAUGUGAAAAUGUACAAAUCAUUUCUUACAAUUCAAUUAUUGAGUUAGUGUUAUACGUAUGGUAAAGGACCUUUGCGAAAUCGUUAGGCUGUUAGCCAUUCCUGCGUAGUUUACUAGAGAACAAGAAAAAGAGUAAAAUCAAACUUUUAAAUUAAGUUUGUGAUACCUGUAUGAGAUAUGAAUCGUCAUAUGCAGGUGCUCAAACAGGUAGAAAUUUAUCAAUAUCUUCCUUCUGUGUUACACCUGAAUAUUAUUGUACCGUUGCUUCCUUUUAGUCUAGAAACAUUCAAUUGUUUAUUUGAUAUAAUCGGUACUUAAUGACUGAUGUAUUUGCUUGAAUAUUUGAACGAUUGGCAAAAGUCCUUUACUGGAAAUUAUAUUGUGUAUGUAUAUGUAUAAGUGAUGAAUAUGACAUAAGCGGAUCAGUGAAGGGAUGUUGUUUUGUACAAUAUGUAUCAUAUAAUCAUAAACACUCAGUUGUUACCCAAA